UUGGAAACGGUAAAACACUUGAAACCGAGUCUGAGUGGUGGUGCCAAUUAUCACCAAUUAACCCGCGUGCGUUUUACAUAUAAAAUAAAAUAACCAGACACAUUCUGUUUAUUGUGGACACUGGUCGCCAGGCAGGGUUUUACAUAACAAAACUAAAGGUUCUGUGAAGCAUUGUUAAUGAUGGCGUUCACUAGACUGGUAGUUCUUUCUGUUUUUGUCGUCAUGCUGAUGACAGAAGUAUUGGCCGGAAAGGGAGAAAAGAAAAAGAAAGUGAAAUACUCGAAGAUUGAUGGCGCUGCAUUUGAUGAAUUGCAGUCAAGAGUAGAGGCUUUGGAGAAGCAGUCUGGUGGUUCUUCUGGAAACAACGUGCAUUUCUAUUUCCAUGGUGAUGGCGAUCAUAGUCAUCAUGACGACGGUGACGCGCACGUGCAUGUUGACGUACACGUGUCAGACAAUGACCAUGGCCAUGGUAGUCAUGGCGAAGACGGCCACGUGCAUCAUGACCAUAUUGCUUUUUGCAGAAUGGAUGAUAAAAUUGCCGACGGUACAGUCACCAUCUAUCAAGGGGACCACGACCGGUCGGCUAGCUUCCAUUUUCAUUACAAUAAGCUAGCACAUGAAAACAGCGAAUUCGAGUUCCACGUGCACCAAUAUGGCGACCUUUCCGACGAUUGUGCAAAUGUCGGUGGACAUUACGAUCCUUAUCACGAUAAUGAUGUAGGUGACUUGGGGACACUACAGUCUGGUAAAGAUGGUGCUAUGGAUGCAUGGAAGAAUGAAACUCACCUGACACUGUUCGGAGAGUAUUCUAUUGUUGGUAGAAGUAUAAUGGUACAUGACGAACAUAAACACGUGUCGUGUUGUACGAUUGGCUGGAGUCCAGAGACACAUGACCAUCAUGAGGAUCACAGUCACGCCCACGAUCACGAUCACUCCGCCCACGAUCACUCGGCGCAUGACCACUCCCACACCGAUGGCCACUCCCACAGACAUUAAACAAGAAGAAGCCUUUUAUUUACGUCUUGUACUUUUGCUGUUUACAUUGAGCAGAGCAGAUCAAGUUCUAUACAUUGACAAGAUACAUGUACACAUUCUACAAAAAUGAUAUAUUUUGGAAAAAACGGUCGUGUCCAGAUUAAUUUAUUCUUUGUUUUAAUAUCAUUUAUUCACAGUUAUAUACAUGAAUGAUUUCAUAUAUUAUGCACACUUGAAAUAUUUUUUAAAACCGUAGAAGAAAACAUAAAGAAAUUAUA